AUGGCUUUUCUUCAAAUUUUCCACCAGACUGGAAGAGUCACCCACCUCCUGAUUCUCUGCUUACUUCUGGAGACUGCCUAUUGUCAGGACAAUAGGAAUUGGUCACUUUCACUGAACAGGAGACUCUUUCAGACAAACAGGACAAAUGAAGUUAUAGUAGAACUCACAGUUACAAAUAAUGUGAAUAAAUGCUUGGGGAUAGAAGUCAGUACUGAGGACAAUCGAAAUAUCAAGUACCUUUCUACUCCUGAAAGCCCUGUUGCUUGUGUGUGUACUGUUGCCAAAUUCUUCUGGAAGGUUCUUGUCUCUGAAAAUGCUGUCCUACAAACGAAGGUGGAAGUUUUUUCAGAAAAGGACAUAUGUAAUGAUGGUAAUACUCGACACCUAGUAACUGUCUACCUCAGGAAUACUUUUUAUAACAUGUCAAAAUAG